AUGGAACAGACUUGGGCAGAGGAGGCCGAAAAGGAGCUUUCCAAGGAUUCUGAACUGAAACAGUUGAGAGAACUUGUUAAGUCGCUAGAAGAAACGUUGUCAAAAGUCCAUGCGACUUCAGGGAACAACAACAGCACUGCUGGCAACUCUCCAGCAGCAGGUGGAGGUGGAAUAGGCAGUGUUGGGGGAUCCGGAGCCCCAGAUGGGACGCCAGUGGCGAACUCUUUCAUCGGUGGUAGUAAGAAGCUGUUAUCAGGUCCCAACCACCAAUCACCUGUGCUUACUGGUGGAACGAUACAGUCCUCCCAGGAUAAAUACGAUAAUGAUGAGUUGGAUCUAACAAGACAGUUCGAUAUGCUACAUUUGAAGAAUAAUGGUACUGUACAUCUUGGUGCUACUCAUUGGCUAGCUAUCAUGAAAGGUGAUCCUUACUUAAAGCUCUUGUGGGGCCACAUCUUCACUUUGAGAGAAAAACUAUCUGAAUGGUACCAACAAAAACGCAAGCCUAGUGCUUCUGGAAGCAUUAGUGGUCCUGCAGGGGGAGGAGGAGGUUGUCCUGUGAUUCAUGGCUCGAUGUCACAACAGUCAAAAUGUCCUGUUGCUCAUGUUUCUGGAUACCCAAUAGAAAAGCCAAAUUCUACAGAGGGUCGCUGCCCUGUGAUUCAUUCAAAUAUCGGUGGGACUAACAACGAAAAAAGCAACCACGGGAGUAGCAACGCCAGUCCUGUCAUAAACAAAUGCCCAGUUGCACAUGGAAAUCCAGGGUUCAGUACAGGCUCGGGUACUUGUCCCGUAACACAUGCUACGGUCAAAGAGGAAAAUGACAGCAGAUCAGGUUCUGGAUGCCCAAUAGAUCAUACCAAGUAUUUAUCAGCUGAAGGAAAGGCAAAGCUUCCCGCCCUGCCAUCUUUCCAGAACCUAACAGCAAAAUGCCCUGUGAUGCGUGAUUCAACACCCACUCCAACAGGCCAGGAAAUGCCUCCAACACAGAUGCACCCAACAGCAAUCCCAGAAAUGACUCCAGAGCAAGCAGCAGAAGCUAUUGGAAAACUACUACCUCCAAAAAAGAUCAUUAUUCUUUUCCUUGACAAGUUCUUCAACCAUAUAUACCCUAUUGUUCCUAUUUUGGAUGAACAGAACUUUAAGCUUCAAGUGAACCAAAUAAUACAAACUACAAAUGAUACAACUACUGUUAAACUUACAAAGGCUUCAGAUGCUUGUAUUUUGGGUAUUCUCUUGAUUAUUCUAAGAUUGACGUGGCUCUCAUUGCCUCCUAAUGCUUGUAAGAUCAAGCUUGGCCCUGAAUGCGAAUCUUUGAAACUUGAACCAACGUAUUCAGCCACGAUAACACAAGCAAAGGAAGAAUCUAUGCUUCUAAAAUACGAAACUCCGCUGGAAACAGUGGCGAUUGUUCGCAAGUUCCUAAUUAGAUUUGAUGAAAUUAGCAGUUUCGCAAAUUCUAAUGUCAAUAUUACAACUGUGCAAUUCGCCAUUUUCUACAAAUUGUACUUAAUGUGCUGUCCGGACAAAACUGGGGAUACUCAACUUAACACGUUUACAUCUACUGGACAGGACAAUGAAACUCAUCAAGUGCUAAUGUCAAGUAUCGUACAAAUGGCUUUCAGUUGUGGUUUACACAGGGAUCCAGAUAAUUUCCCUCAACUAAACUCUGCAGUAAACGGUUCAAAACUCAAUAAGGAGGCAAUGUUGAACACUGAAAGGUUAAAACAUACAUGGAGAAAAACGUGGUUUUUUAUUGUAUCUCUAGAUGUGCAACAGUCUCUUUCUUUGGGAACACCACGUUUAUUGCGUAACUUAAAUGACUUCAGUGAUACGAAACUUCCUUGUGCUUCGAAAAUUGACUAUGUCAAUGAUAUUAAGGAAUUGGUUGUGGUUAAAAAUUUCACUUUAUUUUUCCAAAUCGAUUUAUGUAUCAUAUCGGUUCUAAAUCACAUUUUGAACGUAUCUCUUGCUAGAACAGUUAGGAAGUUUGAACUUGAUCAAUUGAUUAGAAGUUUGGGUAAAUUACGUGAUGGAAAAACGCCAACCACGGAGGUCGUCAAAGAACUUGUUAAUAAAGGACUUCUAUUUACAACGGAAGGAACGGUUUUAUUGGAUCAAAUAACAGAGCCCACUUAUACCUUGCCAUCUUUGCAAACAGUUAUAUCAUCACCGAAUAUGAACUCUCCAGAGGAAAGGGAGAAAAAGCUGAACUUAGCCCACGAAUGUACAACUAGAUCGUUGUUUUUCUCGAAGCAUAUUACUAUAAGUAUGUUAGAGUAUUUGUUAAAUUAUGUUCUCUUUACCCAUUAUGAACCCUUGGGUAAUGAAGACCAGGGGACCAGGGUAUUAGCAAAAGAAUAUGCUCAAGAAGCUCUAAACCACGCAAUGGAAGGAUAUAGAAACUGUGUUUUAUUCUUCAACAGUACUGGCUCUAACAAUAUGUUCAGUUAUAUGGAUGUUUUAUUGUCACCAACUUGCUUGGAUGUUGGUCAUCGCGCGCUUCAGUUCAUCGUUUGUUUAAUACUAAGAGCAAAAUGUGGUCCUUUGACUGGUAUGGGAGAAUCCCCUGCUAUUGGAGCUCAAAGUAGCAAUACUAAUACCAGUAGUAGCGAGGAUGAAACUGAUAGUCAACAUAGGGAAAACGCACAGCCAAUAGCAAAUCUUCUUCACGAUGUCAGCCUGGACACUAGCGAAAACUUGGCAGAUAUUCUUCUUGCUCGUAUGAUGCUAUUCCACAAAUUAACCAAGCAAAUAUCAUCAAAGUAUACAUAUGCUACAAGAAUGACAAAAUCUACAGGCUUCUUCAUCACUUUAUUAAAGAAGCCUUCAACAAAGAUGAAGAAUGGUAUGAAAAAUAAAAACCUGCCUCGUUUAAGUCACCAUCCAAAUAUUGCAAAUAUGACUAGUUUCUUCAAAAAUGUUCCAUCUUUGGUCCUCUCUGCUGGAGGUGAUCAAAUCAAACGGUGUCCAGUUUAUCAAGAUGCUGUUGGUUUCCUACCUUCGAAAGUCACCAGUGGAACGUUCAACUCAUUUUUCCAUUCUAACUCCCAGUCUCCUACUACGUCGGCUAUAACUCAACAAUUACCUCCUUUGAAUAUCCAAUAUCAUCCUAUCACUUUCAGAGAUACUUUAAGGAGAACAUCUGAUGUCAGAGGGAAUCCUGAAAAUAUAAAGAGAAGGAAAAUUGAUGCGACGCAACAAUCAUUCCCUAACGCUAAUGUUGAGAUUAAAAAAGAAACAUCACAGGUAUCCCUGCCUCCGACACCUGCUCCAAUACCAAUGGCAACUCCAUUAGAACCUCUGAUUUCCAGUUUAGACAAGGUUUCCUCACUUCCACCAAGUAAAACACCUUAUAGUCCAACAGCAAGUUUGGUUGGGACUCAACAGACAGUGGCAGCUGUUUCUAAUAACCAUCAAAUAAAUACACGGUCACCAGCUGCUCCUUCGGAUCUCUCAAGCAUAACUAAUUCGCCUGAUUUCGAAGACUUUUUAUCUGAACAUACCCAACUAAACGGUUUAAUGAUAAAUCCAUCUUCUAUCGUAGAAGCAGUUGGCUUUGAUGGAUAUAUAGGGCCCGACUCUCUUGGUUUACAAGCUGACUUCUUACCGAUAGAUAAUAAUGAAGGCUUGAAUGAAAUGGCACAACUUGCAGAAUUCUCCAUGUGGGACUAA